AUGGGAAACGAGCAAAGUCAGGAAUCCAGCGCGCAACCAAAGCAGGAGGACCCGGAGCAGACAGACCUCUCCGACAUCCCCGACGACCGAGACCUGGACCCUGCUCCCAAUGACGAGGACACGAUCAUGACUGUAGGCUCCCCUGACACGAAGCCCCCGCGACGAAAAACCCAGAAGCAGAAACGGAAAAAGAAAAAGAAAAAGAAAGGACGCAGGUCUUCUGGGGACGGGGAAGAGCGCAGACUGAGCCAACACGUUCCGAAUGAAGAGGAGAUACAGCUACUCAGAGAACGAGAGCCCGAGGCCUUCGACGUCUAUGAUUCUUCUCAGGUCGGUGACGACGAUGACGACAGCAGAGCACUGGAUGGUGACAGCGAUUCCCGGGACGUGACUUCAGCAGAUGUGGAGGCUGAGGACGACACCGACAGUAACGACCGCGAGGUGGCCGGCGAGCCUCCGACGGACGUUAAGUUUUCGCCUGUGGUGGAUGCCUUUCACUCUCCAUCUGUCGCGAGCACAAAGUUCUCACCUGCUCAGGAUGACAUCGAUCUCGUCCCAGCGACACAGCCGGCACCCGAGCCGUUGAAAAUGUAUGGACGAUGGCGAUGCCCUUAUGCAGAAACCCACAACUGCGAGAUCACUUUCAGUCAAAAGAAAGGUGCCAAACGUCAUGGCGCACUUCAUGAGGCCGCUUUUACUUGCACCAUCUGUGGCAAAAACUUGGCUAGGAAGGACACGCUCCAGAGACACAUGGCGACUCAUGAAGGGAGCGAGAAUAUAUCUGCGGACGCCCGCCAGAGAGUACAGGAGGACCCUGCUGCACAGACGGCAGCCGAUUUGAAGGCUUCAUUCUUCGAAGACCAGAUCGAAGAGCCACAAGACGAAAAAUCACCCGAAUAUCGAACCCCUCGAGAGAGUUCCCAAGACCUACUCGAAUCGGACGACGGCAAGGAUGUUGAUGAGGAUAAUGCGCAAGUCUCGGAUGAGCACGAGGAAGAGUCUGAUCAUAACAUGAUCCGGGUAGUUGAGGAAUUGUUUCAGGCUCAGCUUGAUGCGCAAUCAACCGCCUCUCAGGGGGACGAGGAGGUUGAAGCCGGUAAAGGUGAAGGUGCAGCUGUACCAGAGGCAGAUUCCAAGUCUCAAUCGCCUGUCACGACGACGAGUGUUUCGGACGGAGCUGAAAAGGUCUCUUCAAAUGAGACACCUGUCCCCAAACCAGGUUCGAAGCGAAAGCGGGAUGCUGGACCAGCCUUGGACUCUUCCGCUCAGUCUAGAGAAAAGAAAUUGAAACGGAGGAAACACGUUGGUGAUAGCCCACCAACGUCUGCUCAACGCGCACAGGAAGGGAUGCCACGAUCGUGGGCUGCUGUAAAUUCUGCCUCCGAAUCAGCGCAGCAAGUGACAGAGAGAAUUGUCCCCUCCCUUCGAACGCGACAGAGUACCAUCGAUAGUUGGGCUCAGAGAUCGAACCCAGGAUCUGGAUCAAGACCUUCCAUCUCAGCCUCGUGGUCCCCACCGCCCUCUACUGCCAUACGUGUUGAGGUCGCUGUUGCUUCCGACAGCUCUAAGUCGCGUUCCAAGAGCAAGACUGGCAAGACUAAACUGCCUAAUGGGAGUUUUCAGACGAACGGGCUCGAAGCUUUCGGACUUCAGAGGGUACGCGAUGCUGCGUAUACGACGCCAAAGGGCAAGAAUCGCGCAGAGCCUGGUCUCAACUAUGUCUCUCCUAAUAAAGUCUCGAGCCAGCAAGCCGAUAGUGACGAAUCUGAUUCCGGGCCUGCCAAUUUUGCCACCUCUGUCGCCAGAAGAACGCUGUCAGGAAACCGACCAAGAAAACGUGCGAGUUCACGGAACGAAGACUCGAGCUCGGAGAUGGAAGAACCGCAAGUCGGCGGUUCCGGCACUAACAGAUCAAAGAAGACAGGAUCCAGGGAACCUAAGCCGCAAGCCAACAACGUGGUCGAGUGUCGGAAAUGCCACAAAGGUUUCAGGUCAGAAGAAUCAUUGAGGCUGCACCUGAAAGAUCCUAAGAUCCACGCACAUUUGUAUAGCUGUGGAGAGUGUAUGGAGCAAUUCUGGAGCAUGAAUCUUUUGUCCAAGCACGAAAAGGAGACUGGUCACGACAGGGGGAAUGGCGUUCAGGGAUUGACUGGGCAUUUCAGCGAAGCUGAAGUGCAGAAACUGCAAGACUGGCGGGAUACUUUCUGCGCAGACCACAAGAUCACUGUCGAGCAAUUCAACGACAUGAUGACAGACACACUGAAGCGCCGAAAGGGUGAAAGCUGGGACUGGCACUUUAUCUCCAAGAGGGCGUUCUUGAAUGAAUACUAUGAGGUGCUUCCUCAUCGUAACAGACGGUCAAUGACUCGGUAUCGUGAACGCAAUUUCCAGAAUCUGGAGGGAUCGAAGAAUUGGACGGCAGAUGAUGACAAAGACUUGAUUCGCCUCUACAAAGAACUCGGUCCAAAGUGGAGCGAGAUCGCUCAACGAUUGACGAGAACCACUGAUGCUGUGGCUCAGCGAUGGCGGCACAAAUUACAGCAUAAGCAUAAUGAAUUAGGAAAGUGGACUGCAAAAGAAGAAGACAAAUUCACCAAAGCACUUGAAGAGGUGAGAAGAACGAGUGGCUUGGCAUCACAAGCUGAGGACUGGCACAUUCCCUGGAACAAAGUCAGUGAGAAAGUCGGGACGAGAAGUGCGCUACAGUGUUCGAAUCACUACCGAGUACUUCAUAGCACAAAGAGGCAGGGACGCUGGAUCAAAGUUGACGGACUUGAGAAGACGCCUGGAUCUAGCAGAAUACUAACACCGUCAAAAAUGGAACGUCGAUUGAAAGGGCAAACGGCCGAUUCAGCCCGUCGUUCUCAAUUAUCGCAAGAGUAUGUCAACGAAGAAGACGAUGAGGACGAUGAGCAUGAGCCGAAUGAUCGAACUCCCUCGCCACCUAUUGACGAAGAUGUAGACGAAGAUGUGUCGGAUGGAGCAGACGAUGACGUUCACUCUUCGGAAGGGUCAUCAUCCCAUCGAAAUCGCAAUCCGUUACAAGAACAGACGCCCAACGAGACACUUCGACCAACGCAAUUAUUUGGACAGACGCAGGCCAAUACAUCUGUCGUUCGACCAGUCUUUCCGGACAGCAGAAGGCACCUGCUAAGUCAGGAUGCACCAUCGCCCAAGAUUCCUAUUCAGCGACAGCAACUAUCGGUGCGAUCGCCACUGUCUGAGAUUGUGGCCAAAGAGGACGAUGAUGAAUCUGACGAAGAAGCCGAAGACGAGGAAUCCGAACCGGACUCCGAUCUUCUUAGGAAUGAAGAUGGAGAGGACGACUCAGAGGAGCAAGGCGAUGCGUCCCUUACUAAUGGACGAGACGACGGUGAAGCAGAAGACCGGGAAAUCGAAACCUCAGAUGAGGAUCAGGAUCACAGGGACGAAGAACUUGACGGGAACGAUUUCAUGAAUAGUAUCGAGCAAUCUGCUCAACGGGUACGAAGCAAUCAGAAACUCAAGCUUCAACCCGCGACGAGAGACGGAGGUCCAAAUGGAGUGUCUUUGAAGAGGCGCAACCGAUGGAGUAUGAGUUCAAGCGAGAGCGACGGAUGA